AAGCCAGCCUUUUGCCGCCAGCCGGCUCCCGCCACCUUUCGCCCCUCCUCUUGCUCAAGCGCUAUCGUGCUCGGGUUGCAAAAGCUCCAGGAUGUCGGACAAGCUGCCCUACAAAGUUGCUGACAUCAGCCUCGCAGACUGGGGUCGCAAGGCCCUUGAGAUUGCUGAGAAUGAGAUGCCAGGGCUGAUGAAAAUGCGGGAGAUGUAUUCUGCAUCAAAGCCGCUGAAAGGAGCACGAAUUGCUGGUUGCCUACACAUGACUGUGCAGACUGCAGUUCUGAUUGAAACUCUGAUAGCCCUGGGUGCUGAGGUGCAGUGGUCAAGCUGCAACAUUUUCUCCACUCAAGAUCAUGCUGCUGCAGCUAUUGCCAAAACUGGAGUUCCUGUGUAUGCAUGGAAAGGGGAAACAGAUGAGGAGUAUGUAUGGUGCAUUGAGCAGACCCUCCAUUUUAAGGAUGGACAGCCCUUGAAUAUGAUUCUAGAUGAUGGUGGCGACCUCACCAACUUGGUUCACACCAAAUACCCACAGCUCUUAAAAGGAAUCCGAGGAGUCUCUGAGGAGACUACUACUGGGGUCCAUAACCUCUAUAAAAUGCAUACCGGUGGGACUCUGAAGUUGCCAGCUAUCAAUGUUAAUGACUCUGUUACCAAAAGUAAGUUUGAUAACCUUUACGGGUGCAGAGAAUCCCUUAUCGAUGGCAUAAAGCGUGCCACAGAUGUCAUGAUUGCAGGGAAAGUGGCUGUUGUGGCAGGCUAUGGCGACGUUGGCAAGGGCUGCGCUCAAGCUCUGAGAAACUUUGGUGCCAGGGUCAUCAUCACAGAAAUCGAUCCCAUCAACGCACUGCAAGCAGCCAUGGAAGGUUAUGAAGUUACGACAAUGGAAGAGGCUUGCAAAGAAGGCAACAUUUUUGUUACGACCACUGGAUGUACCGACAUCGUGCAGGGAAGGCAUUUUGAGCAGAUGAAAGAUGAUAGCAUUGUAUGUAACAUUGGGCACUUUGAUGUGGAAAUUGACGUGAAGUGGCUCAAUGAGAAUGCAGUGGAGACCGUGAACAUUAAACCUCAGGUGGACCGCUACACGCUGAAAAAUGGCCGCCACGUCAUACUUCUCGCAGAAGGCAGGCUGGUGAACUUGGGGUGUGCCAUGGGUCAUCCGAGCUUUGUCAUGAGCAACUCAUUUACCAACCAAGUGCUGGCACAGAUAGAGCUUUGGACAAAUCCUGGCAAAUAUGCAGUAGGAGUCCAUAUCCUGCCAAAGAAGUUGGAUGAAGCUGUAGCUGCUGCUCAUCUGGAUAAACUAUGUGUGAAACUGACGAAGUUGAGCGAUAAGCAGGCCAAGUACCUGGGCCUGUCAAAGGAUGGUCCUUUCAAACCAGAGCAUUACAGAUACUGAGCAGCUAGUGGGGCCCAAAGAUCUCAGGAUGCAGAGAUAGAAAUCCAAAGCGCUUUUGCUUCCCUGUUGGGAUUCAGAGAACAGCUCCUCCCCUUGUCAUGUGUAGACACACUUCAUGCCAUUUCUCUUUGGCAAAGGUUUAUCUCUCAUUCCUGUGGGAGGCAGGGAUUGUGUAUUCCUGUAGGCCUCAACAUUGGUUUUUCUCAUGGUGCCAGGUGAACCGCAUCUCAACUGGAAUCAUCCUAUAGUAGAUUUAACAUAAGAAUCACUUCUGUUGGAUCAUGGUUUUUACCUAAUUGUAGACAUUGCAGUCUAGUUUUUGUUGUAAAAUGGUUCCAUUUUUGGUUGCACACCCUUGUAAGAAAAUCGGUAGAAGAAUCUGAAAUGAUAAUCUCUAGAAGAGCUUCCAAAAGCCAGGGGACAGGUUGGGGUGGGGGACUGCUUAGUUCUCUGAACAUACCAGUGGGGAAUGUCUGUUUUUGCCUAGCUUUUGUAUCUUGUGCCUGUC